AUGCACAUCUCAGCAACGGCGGCCGUCACGCUCGCGCUCGCGGGCCAGGCGCUCUCCCGCGCCGCGGACAUGGUGUGCACCGCCGCGUCGGCGUCGACGCUCCUCUGGCGCGUCACCGACUUCGAGUACCACGAGGCCCGGUACGCAAUGCCCGGGUCCGAAAUGGCCUACGGCCUGACCAACUUCACGCUCCGGAACUCGGCGCUCGCGCACACGGCCAGGUGCACGGCCCUGUCGACGCGGCAGCCCGACUUCUUUGCCGGCGACGCCGUGUACGACUGCGCGACGCGCCCCGAGGACGCGUUCGACCUGUCCCGCUUCACGUUUGACCGGAGGGCCGGCCUGCUGAGCAUCAACCAGACGUGGGUGUGCGACCGGGACGGCAGCCGCUUCGACGGCGUGGGCCACGUCAAGAUCCGCCUGACCUGCGACCAGAAGCACCAGGAGUCGUCUACGUCCUCGGGCAAGAUUUCGGAGACCACUGUGGCUUGCGACAAGGUCGAUGUUCCUGUAAACAUUACCUACCUGCAGGGCGUGGCUUGA